AUGGCUAUUUCUAAGCGAAUCCUGUUUUCUUAUAUAUUGGACUGGGUCGCUAUAUUAGUGUUUGCUGCAAUUUCAGCCGGCCUCAACUCUGUGAAGCCUCAGAAGCCACCUUUUUCUCUUUCAGACUUGUCAAUAUCAUUGCCGUACAAAAACGACACAAUCUCCAUCACACUUGCCGGAAUCGUGUGUGUGGUGCUCCCAGCAGCGAUCAUUGCGUUUGUAUGUUGUGCCAUCGGCGCAUGGCGUGUCCAGCGUGCUUCAGCACACCUCCGUCGUCAAAUCUGGAGACGUGAACUAUGGGAUUGGUUUUCUGGGUGGCUAGGACUUGGGCUUUCAGUUGUGGCAGCAUUCUUCUUCGCCCAAGCGGUGAAAAACCUGAUUGGAAAGCCUCGUCCCGACUUUCUAGCACGGUGCAAUCCCGAUAGCAACAGCCAAACCAAGUACGCCACGGAGGGCUUUGACCCUGCAGGAUCUGUUCUUGUGAGCUGGGAGAUAUGCCAAUCCAAGGAUGGGGGUGGUUUCGGGAUCAAGGAGUUUGAAGAUGGCUUUCGGAGCUUCCCCAGUGUCGCCUUUUCAGGACUCCUGUACUUGACCCUUUUCUUAGCCACGAAGUUUUCCGUUGGAAUUCCCUUUCUCACAUCGGCACCAUCACGUCGAAAUAAUACCCAUGAGCACGGGGUUCCUUUUGACGAAACCGAAGGAAUUCGAAAGCAGAAUGCGGCUGCUCCUCUGUAUCUCGUUGCCUUGGUAUUGAUCCCCUUCGGAGCGGCCAUAUACAUUGCUUCCACACGAUUCUCUGACGGAAAACACCAUGGCUUUGACGUGAUCAUCAGUUCCAUAACAGGGUCAGUCUGUGGGUAUUUUGGCUUUCGAUGGUAUCACCUACCCAUAACCCGCGGCGGUGGACGGUCAUGGGCGCCGAGGAGUGCAGAUAGAGCCUUUGGGAUAUCUGUUGGUCAUUUGAGCUAUGUGCGGGCUGGAAACGAUGAAAUUUUCAGUGAAGGCGACCUAGAACACGGCGCUUAUAAUGUUCAAUAUACGGCUCAGCAGAACGCGAUAGAGAUGAACAACCUCCACAGAAGCGAGACCGGUAGCAGCCGACGCCAAUUACGGUGA